AUGGACCACGAACGAGAACGAGACCGCCUUGUCGCGGCGCUGCGGCUUAAACUAACCCAGCUUGAUGCCCGUGUCGUGGCCUACCGCCGCGAGCGUGCUGACGAGUUCCGCCGCUACGCCAUCGACCUGCUAACGCAUGUUGCUGACGAGGCUGUUGUCGCGGCCGUCGCUGACGCCAUUGAAGGCAGCCCCGAUGGCGACCUCAAAAGCGCGACCGAUGGCAAGGUGGCACAGUCCUACCCGGCGCUCUAUGCUGGAUUUCUUGACAAUGCCGGCGACGAUGCCGGCGACCACAACCGCUCCAUUCUGGCGCCUCCACCCCUCGCCCGCUCUCUGCCGCGCCGCUCCGCAUCACCACCCCCCGUCCUCUACCACACAUCCGGCGUGCCCAAGGAGGGCCCGACACGACCACCGACAGGCCCCGCCGAGGCUUCGCCUUCGCUGCGUGCGCAUGACGACGACUUCCGAGGCGUCUUCACGCCAUCUUUCCUUCCCUUGUUGGACAGCUGGUCCUACGACCGUCGGUCUAGCGAUGCGAACACGCAACGUGAUCAGACCGAGACUGCCCGUGGCAGCACUGCUGUGGCCGAAGAUUCCGCGACUCCGGAGGCCGCAACUGCCAAGGCGGAAGCAGACGACGAGGCUACUGAGGCGACAGCAGCCGGCACCGUUGCGACGGGCGCUGCUGCUGCGGCAAUACCACCCCAGCCGUCUACGCCAGUGUCGGAGCCGAAAUUAAGGAGUGCGCUGCGCAGAACCUCGAGCUAUUCGUCGUCGCGCUCUUCCACGCGCUCAAACACACCCACUUUUAAUAUGCCCACAAACGCCGACAGCCCGUCGGACACUCGCCACGUGCGAUUUUCGUUCAACGGCGAAGAGGUGCUCCCGACGUCGUCACCACCAAGGGACCACGAGCAGGAUCUGUCGUGGUUGAUGCACGACGACCGGAGUGGCCAAGGCGCGGGGCAUUCAAUGAGUGUAUAUGACUACAGUCGCCAUUACCAAAAUGCAGCGGCCGGUUCAAACGCGUUUUCAAGUGGACUGGGCUCUGCGCAUGGGAGUUUGGGGUUGGGCGCGACAGCCCUGUCAACGCCCCUGUCUCAUUCGUCGCUACCUGGAAACGAGGCUGAGACAGGAGCCGCUGGACCAGCUUUUGAAUCGGCAUCCUCUUCAGCGCUGUCAGCAGGUGACCAAACAACGCCACCUUCCCAAGGAUUUGGCGCGCAAUCAGAAAACGAGUCACACCCAGGUGACAACGCUUCUUCUUAUUCUUCUGUUUCGUCCCCAUUUUCCUCUUCUUCCACUUCCCACCAACCACCGACUUCGCCGCCACAACCACGUCGCCGCCACAGCCAGAUCCUUGAUGACGACGAAGAAGAGUUUGUGCCGCUGUCGCGCAAGGUGUCUUCCUCUGACCGCCUGCGCGCUCUCUCCAAAAUGUCCCUCGAAGACCCGGCCAGCUGGACCGUCGUUGAUCCGCAGGCGGAUGCCGCUGCGGCUGAGGCUGCCGCGGCCGCGGCUGCCGCCGGCAGUAACUCGGCGGGCAGCAGUGCGCACGCAUCCGACGCCGAACUCUCUGCGGCCACCGAAGCCAACCGCACUCUAGCGUACCGACCGGCGGAAUUACAGCGCGAACAAGCGCCGUCACCACCGACAGUGGAACAGCGCGAGUACGCCCCAAGCUCCAGCUAUGGCAAUGGCGCUGGUGCCCACAACAGGUACAACAGCUACAACGGCUACAACAGCGAGUCCAGCAGCGACGGCGACGAUGGAUUUAUCGCUAUGCGCGCGUCGCGCGGAAAGACGGCGCGGCCGCUCGCUCCGGCCGCGUCGACAGCACCAGCAUCGACUACGACAGCCAAUGGCACGGCACCGGAGAGUAGUCGCGGCAACAGUACUCGUCCGAGGCAUAGCACGUCGCCGAACGAGGCCGUUCAAGUCACGUACGCUGCUCCCAACGGUGCUAGUCGUAAAAACGCGGUUGCUGCAGAAGACGACGACUUUUUUGGCUUCGAACCGGACGACGUGAACGGCGAAGACGACGACGGUGCUGUAGGCUAUCCACUGGCUCGCGUGACGGACGUCAACACCCGCUUUGGCGAGGAGGAGGAAGACGAGGAUGCGGAAGACGAGCGUGCGGAAGACGAGGAGGCCAACGAUGAUGGCACCGUGGAGCACCAAGGUGACGAUGCGCCCGUUGUUAACGACAAGGAUCUCGUCCAAGCAGAAAAAACUGCGCUUGGCAUCGGCACCGACGGCCUCGACUCCAACCAUCUCGCCUUCAACCGGUCCAAGCCGAUCGCUAACCGCGACGGUGGGGAUGGCGAGUCCGCACUCGCGUCGUCCCUGUCGGCAGCCCGGCGGAAUGGCCAGCUGGACGGCGAAUCGGGACCAGAGCCGCCGUCAUCCCCAGGCCCUGCGCCCAUCUCCGUUGGAUCGUAUCGCGGCAAGCCCAUCGACCUUUUCAAUGUCGUCAAGGAUCCCCGCGUCCUGCAACAGGCUGCCCAAAUGGGUGCCCUCAACUCCAUUUACGGCAGCAUCCACGACCACGAGCCUCAUGCACCCGCUAACAUGGCCGAGUUCUCGAGCCUGAGCGGCCGCGAGCAGCUCAACCUCUUGUCCGGUACACCGCGCAGCCUGACGGAGCGCAUGAUUAUGGACGACACGCGUGCCAUUUUCUCGCCGCCCAAGCGUUGA